AUGUUCGGCCGGUUGAUUCUUAUCGGCAAAUUAAUCACCGUAAUUCUUCGCAAAGCUCUCUUCCAACUGCAAUGGAAACUCCGUCGUAUCCUCCAUAAACACACCUACAAACCAGGCGAAUCCAAGAAUAUCGUGGUCAUCGGUGCCUCCUUUGCUGGUUACCACGCCGCGCACUGCCUUGCCAACUCGUUGCCCACGGGAUAUCGCGUGGUGGUGAUUGAGAAGAACUCCCACUUCCAACUGACAUGGGUUCUACCACGCUUCUCAGUGGUCCAAGGCCAUGAGAAUAAAGCCUUUAUUCCGUACUCACCGUAUAUCAAUGCCCCAGACGGUGCAUGCCUAUGGGUUCACGACUCCGUCACCGCAAUCCAACCGAAGGAGGGAGCCAGCCGAGUCCAGGUCUCGUCGGGGGACUGGAUCGACUACGAAUACCUGGUAAUUGCGACCGGGUGUACGGCCGAGCUACCCUCGCGGGUGAACUGGGAUUCCAAGGAAGAGGGUAUCAUCGCCCUCCGGGGCCAGCAGCGACGUUUUGAUCGCGCGGAAGACAUCGUCGUCAUUGGCGGAGGUGCUGCUGGAGUAGAAUUGGCGACGGAUCUCAAGUCGCACUAUCCCGAGAAGAACGUGACGCUCAUUCAUUCGCAUCCGAAGUUGCUUGGGGCUGGGUUUGGGCCAAAGAUUCACGAUGCUGUCGCCAAGGAGAUGGAGAGGCUGGGGGUGGAUCUUGUCUUGGGGGAAAGGCCAGCCAUUCCAGACGAGUUCGCUGGCGAGAUUGUCUUGAAGGAUCGGACGGUCCAUUACGACUGCUUGGUCAAAUGCAUUGGACAAAAACCAAACACUGAUCUGUUUCGAUUUUUGGACUCCAAUAGCUUCACUCCGUCGGGUCAUCUUCGCGUCCAAGAUACCUUGCAGGUGCAAGAUGCGCAACAUACCAAUGUGUAUGCGGCGGGUGAUGUGAUUGACGAGGUCAUCAAGAAUGGACGAUCAGCGAUGGAGCAGGGACAGGCCGUUGCGCAGAACAUCCUGCGGUCUAUCCAGGGUCGUGCGCAGGUGAAGUACCGGCAACAGUGGUGGGAAGGAUUGACCAAAGUCACCAUUGGGCUGGUAAGUGAGGCUUUUCCCAUCCAGUCCAUUGCUAACAUCGGGCAGGGCCAGAGUGUGGUUUACAUGAACGAUGGACAGGCUGAAGUGACGAUGACACUCCGGCAGAAGACGGAGUUGGAUAGUGCAGCUGUUUGGAAGCACCUGGGGGCGACUCCGUACGAUAUCUAG